UAGUUUAUCAUCUGUUUUCAAGGUUGUUUAGCGAGUACGAGAAACCGAUCGACAAUGCAAAUCGUCAGCCACGCGCGAAUAUGUCGAGCUUUUUUUCCUCCUGUGAUGUUGUUAAACAAGUUCGGAAAGUAAUUACCAAAGUAACAUCGUCGGCGGAAGAUAGAAAUUGUAGAAAAAAUGCCACCUAAUUGCAGAUUAUACUGUUGCGCUGGUUUGGCUGGUUUGUCUGAGAAGUUGGAGUGAUAGGAUCGGGGGAAAUAUUUGCUUGUGUUCUCCAUCACGGUUCGACUUCUUCGGUAAUUAUUACCACCAUCAUCCGCUCUCUGUGUUAGGUAAACGAAUACGCAUCCUCUGUAUAUUGUACCUAUUGUAAAGACCAAUACAUUAAUGCACAUUCCGUUCCGCCAGCUGUUCUGUGCAGUGUGCACUGCCUUAGUCUUCAGUUAAACCGAGGCGACCGUUUACGUCGGUCGCGUUUCGUUCUUCAGUCUCGUUAUCACCGCCGAUGAUUCUUGUUUGAUCUUCAACUUCGUGACGCUGAUGUAAACUUUCAAUUUGUAGAUACAGUGUACGUAGCACCUACGAAUACGUUGCAUUGUAAUCGCCGAAAGCGUGCAUUGAAAUCGCUCUAAAUGUCGAAUUAUCCGGCGCGGCGCGAGUUUGAUCGAAUGUGAAAUUUGAUUUUAUACAUAUAUUUUAUCUGUUCGUUCCGACGACACUUAAAUCUGCAACCAUAACCAGUGUUAUGAAAAUUCAAUUUUUCACAUUACCUUCCGUUUCGGUGUGCAAUUUCAACUACGUUUCGCCCGAGGCUAGUUGAUGGUUUAUUUUCUCAAUUUUCGUCGUAUUUUCACCUGCUCGAUGUGUAAUCGAUUCUCUGAUCAAAUCGAUCGUUGUUGCUAUGACGGUCGUACACUUUUUUGUAUACCGGUGAAAUAACCAAAGAUGCCACGAAUUGUUGAUCCUGUAUCUGACGUAGUGUUUGACUCUCAUUCAAUAUUAAUUACAAACUACCUACUUACUCGGCUACGGUUUCAUCUUAUUGUAAUCCUAUCGUCGAUCACAUCACGUGUUGGCGAUUGUUGUUUGCUCAUCGAUCGAGUUAUUCAAAUUUCGCAUAUCAUCGAUAAAUUUGCUGCCACUGCGAAAAUGAUCCACAUCAAUAUGAAGAAGUGCUCGUGCUUGUAUUUUACUUGAUUUUAUUUUGAUUCGAUGCCGAUAUUGUGCUGGGGGAGUUAUUACCUAUUUAUAGUGAUAAGACGAACGUGUUGAAGUGACGGCUUGUUUUAGCUUUCAUUCUGUUGUUUUGUUUGUUUCGGUCUCGCUCUCCGUAUCAGUGUGUGACGCGAUUGACAAUUUUAUCAGUUUGUGAGGUGUUCAGUGUAUUGUGAAUUGUGAUCAUGAAAUGUGCCGGUGGUGGGUUUCGAUUUCGCAAGAAAAAACACGAUGUUAAAAGGAAUGUUUCAAACUCGGAGGCGUGUUUUUGGUAUGGUCAAGUUGAACACGACACAGAGGCUCUACUGCAAAGUCGUCCAUUACCUCACAUUCCUGAUAUACCCGAUACCGAUCCAAAUCUACCAGCUUCGAGCGUUGUUCUUCCUAGCAAUGGUAAUUUGUCAUUGGAAACGGCUGCCCAAAGAUGGACUUCCAAAGAGAACCUACUUACUCAAGAAGACGACGAUCCUCAAUUGUUCGUGGCAUUGUACGAUUUUCAAGCAGGCGGUGAAAAUCAGCUGAGUUUGAAAAAAGGCGAACAAGUGCGUAUUCUUUCGUAUAACAAGAGCGGAGAAUGGUGCGAAGCUCAUGCAUCUUCUAAUCAAGUCGGCUGGGUACCGUCAAACUACGUAACACCGGUUAAUUCUUUGGAAAAGCAUUCUUGGUAUCAUGGUCCUAUAUCGAGGAACGCUGCCGAAUACCUUUUAAGCUCUGGCAUAAACGGUAGUUUUCUUGUGAGGGAAAGUGAAAGUUCACCGGGUCAACGUUCCAUUUCUUUAAGAUAUGAAGGAAGAGUCUACCACUAUCGUAUUAAUGAAGAUAACGACGGAAAGGUAUACGUGACAACGGAAAGUCGCUUUAAUACGUUAGCCGAAUUAGUUCACCAUCACUCAAUGCACUCGGAUGGUUUGAUUACGCAGUUAUUAUACCCUGCUCCGAAACACAAUAAACCCACUGUUUUCGCUCUAAGUCCUGAACCAGACGAAUGGGAAAUUAAUAGAACGGAUAUUGUUAUGCGACAUAAGCUGGGUGGAGGCCAGUAUGGUGAUGUAUACGAAGCUGUUUGGAAAAGAUAUAACAGAACAGUUGCUGUAAAAACAUUAAAGGAGGAUACAAUGGCGUUGAAAGAUUUUCUAGAAGAAGCUGCCAUCAUGAAAGAAAUGAAACACCCUAAUCUAGUCCAGUUAUUGGGGGUUUGUACCAGAGAACCUCCAUUUUAUAUUAUUACCGAGUUUAUGAAUAAAGGCAAUUUACUAGAUUAUCUGAGGCAUGCGAAUAAAGAUCAUAUUAAUGCCGUCGUUUUAAUGUAUAUCGCUACUCAAAUCGCCAGCGGAAUGAGUUAUUUAGAAAGUCGAUCGUUUAUUCAUAGGGAUUUAGCAGCGAGAAAUUGUUUAGUUGGUGAUAAUCAUUUGGUAAAAGUAGCCGAUUUCGGUUUAGCCAGAUUAAUGCGAGACGAUACGUACACAGCUCACGCCGGUGCUAAAUUUCCUAUCAAAUGGACCGCUCCCGAAGGUCUAGCGUAUAAUAAAUUUUCUACUAAGUCUGAUGUAUGGGCGUUUGGUAUCUUAUUAUGGGAAAUUGCUACCUACGGUAUGUCUCCUUAUCCGGGUGUUGAUCUCACCGAUGUUUAUCACAUGUUAGAAAAAAAUUAUAGAAUGGAAUGUCCACCGGGCUGUCCGCCGAAAAUUUACGAUCUAAUGAGACAGUGCUGGCAAUGGGUACCGAACGAAAGACCAACAUUCCAAGAAAUACACAAUUCCUUAGAAAAUAUGUUUCAAGAGUCUAGCAUCAUCGAAGAAGUAGAAAAACAGCUACAAGGUAAUUCUCAAUCGUUCAAGAAAUCGAGAUCGGAAAGUAAUACUUUAAAUAAUGAUGCUUCGAUUCCUAGUAAUAGUAAAGAUACUUCCAACACUAGAUUAUCUACUUUUGGCGGUAGCGUUCCUGAUAGAGUACAGUUAAGAAGACCAAUUAAUAAAAAAGGAAAAACCGCUCCUGCCCCUCCUAAACGUACUAGCUUGCUGUCGUCUUGUAGUUCAUUUCGAGAUUCUCAAUACGGUAAUGGAGCUGGUAACGCUAAUAGCGGUAGUCACGAAUUCGAUUCCAAUAUGAUAUUCCACGGUCAUCAGAUUAAUCCCGAGGAUGGAUCUUAUCUGAACGGUGCUGGAAAAGAUCCUUAUUUCAAGUCGAAUAGAGGCGAUAGCGAAAGCGAGAUUUUAGAGCAAACUCCGGAUACAGAUGAUUCCGGACCGCAUUCAUGUCCAGGAGAAUGGACGAAACAUUCCAAUACUAAUAGUAGUAAUCGAAAUAUUACUCAACAUAAGGCUAAGAAAGUACAUAAAGUUACCAAUGCGAACGUCAAAGAAAGUCCAACUUCUAGUUCGAGUUCGCAAAAACAAGUACAAGUGGCAGCGCUGGAAGUGCAAAACGUCAAAAGAGCAAUCAAUCGAUACGGAACGCUACCAAAAGGAGCUCGAAUCGGCGCAUAUUUAGAAUCCUUACGUCAAAACGGCAUCGGCGAAGAAGAAAACGCCGACUUGGCGAGCUCUUCGACUAUGGCUUCGUCGAAUGUAGGUUCUUCUUCAACGUCGAAAACAUCCUGCGCCCAGCCAGGCAAUAUGAUGAGGAGUAAUUCUUCGGGCGGAUUCCAACAUAAUCAUACCAGCGGUACGUCGUCUUUGUCGCGAAACCGAGCAGCGCCUCCGUGUUUAGCCGAUCUAGAAUUCCCGCCUCCUCCGCCGCCCGAAGAAUUAGAAUGCGAAGACGUCACCAAUCUGCAGCCGUCCACGGAAGAGGCGAGUUUCAGAUUCGGCGUUAAUUUACGACACCGAGAACCGUCUACGGAUUCUUGUAACAGUGCUAAAUCCGAACCGGCUAAGAAAAUCGCUUCCGGUAAAGGGACACGUGCAUCACCUCCAUCGCCGCCCGAUCAAAAUUCCCUCAGCUUACCCCCUAGUCCGCCCGAUCCUCCGGAAGAAACCCAGUCGCCGGUUGUUGGCGAAAGUACCAAACAAAACGAACCCGAAGAAAAGAGCUCCCUUAACCAUAAUUUAUAUAAAAGCGCGAUUCCGGGCAUUAUGAAAGAAAUGAUGGAUUUGAAGUUAGUAUCUGACGGUAAAGAUCGGUCUGGCGGCGAUACCGAAAACGAGUCGGCUGUUUCGAAAAAGCAAAAUCUUCGAAAGAUUUCAACCAGCGCGGAUACGAAAAAUGAGUCUGGUAACGUGUUCAAGGUACAGCUGAAAAAAGUCGAUCAGAAAAAAUCCUCGAACGAGGAUCCGAUCGACGUGAAAUCAAGACUGAAAAAAGUAGACAGCUCUAAAGUAUCCAAAGAAAUUAAAUCUAAUUCGAACGGCGAUAAUGUCAACGAAGAGGAAGAUAAACGUUGCAGUACCGGUAGUAUCAACAGCUUGAAGAAGCUGUGGGAGGGUGAAAGUCCGCCGGAAACGUCCAAAGAACGGAAAAUAUGGCCGCCCGACGAAAAACCCACCAUAGCUGUUAAACCUACGACUAAAACUGCCGUAAAACAAGCCAUAUACGCUACGCCUGGUGCGCUAGCCAAUGUACUAGAUAUUUGGCAAGUACUCGAGAAUAAUAUCGCGACGAUGAAAUCUUCGCAACCUGUGAAUUCAGCCAGCUGGCUCUUAUUGUCUGAUAAAGUCGCUUCUUUUCAUUCGGCUUGCUUAAGUUAUGUAGAUUCGGCGGCGCCUCCUCAUUCUAAAUUUCAUCUCCGAGAAUUGCUGACCAAAUUGGAGACUAAAUCGAGACUACUACGUACGUCCGGUGCCCGUAAUAAUAAAACAUUGGACGAUUUAUACGAUAUGCUUAAAGAUGUAAUCAACGCUGUGCAGAAAUGAGAAAUUUUUCGAAUACCGUACCCAGAAUAGGUCGAUUGGUUCUACCGUAUUUUCUCUAUAUCUCUCUCGAUUAAAUGAUUUCGUCGGUUUCGUUCGAAAAGCAAUCGCUUCGCGACACGUUUCCCUCAAACUAAACGAAAUGCGCUGAAAAUAACGAGUUUCAAAUUGCGGCACGUUCUCGAGUGAAAGUCAUUGGAAAAAUUUUAAUUUUGUAGAAUUAUCGAGGUGCUAGUUACCAUAAUUUUCACACUGUUUGGUUUUAUUUACGUUCCGAAUUUAUCGACAAAUUUUUAAUGCGACUGGCACAAUGCUUCCGAUGUCAGACGUACGCUUCAGAAGUAUUUUUUCGCGUAAACGAAUUUUAUUAGCUCGAGUAGUUUUGAUUUUAGCAUUUUUUUACUAAAUUCAAACCAAACGCUUCUUUUGCUGAUUGUAUUUGAAUUGUUUAUUCAGAUGUUACGUAUUUUCAUCGAAAAACAAUCAAAUUAAUCGAAAAGAUAAGUUUUUCAGUUUGCCGCUGUCUUCCGAAAUUUUCCGCAUAAUAUUAUGCUCAUUGCUCAACAUGCUGUUAAUUUCUCAAUUAUUGCAUUUAUUUCUUCUAAGAAUAGAAUACACAUCGAACUAGCUAAGGUGCUGAUUAAUAAAUAUUAGCUCGGUUUUUAUUUUUUAAUUGUUCAUUAUUUCAAUGGUUUAACUAUUUUUCAUUCGAUUGAUUUUUCCUGAAAACAUAUGUCAUUUUUGAAUUUCAUUACAUCUUGCACCUGCGUUUAAUCCAUCUAUUUAACGUUUAUCAUUGUAUCUUCAAUAUAUUUCCAGUUUUCGAGCUUCAUUGCUGGAAAGCCUUUUUUUUUCUCGUGUAUUUCAAAAUAAAGACUGAAAAAUUAUGUAAACUUGUAAACGUGUGUAAAUAUACUUAAACGAAUACAACGUAUUUACGCUGUAUUUUUGUUCUAGUCCGUUUAAUUUUAACUUAUUGUUUAAAAUGUGAUUUCUUUUUUCCUCAAUUUGUACAAUUCCAGAAAAUUUCAUUUUUCGUAUAUUGAUAUACCCAAAUAUCUUUUAUGGAAAUGAUUUCGUUCAACGCGAACAUGUGAAGCUUUUUUAUCGUACAAAUAUAAUGCUUGAAAUUAUACCUAUGCGUAUCGUAAGUGUUGAUAAGUACUGAUGUGGCCAUGGAAUAAAAAACACGUAUUUUGUCCCUCAAAUUAACGUGUAUUAAGAGAUAUUAUAGUGCGUAGUCUUUACGAAUUUAUUAAAAGCGUUCAAAUUUUUCAAUUUCUUCCAUAGUAAUAUUCUUAUGUAACUAAUCGCUAAUUUUGUACAUAAUAACUUUUUUUUACGUAUUUUUUUUUAUUUUUCCUUUUAUUAUUACCAAUUUGCUGUAAAAAUAUAUGUAUUCCGAAAUAGAACAUUUUAGAGAAA